UUUCCGGCGCAAUCCGCCAUUAAUCAUCAUUGUUAUUCAUAAGGUGUAGUGUUAGUGUUUUUCUUGGCAGAUCCAUUGGAAGUGACAAAAGUAUCGCUUAACAGAACUUCGAAUGGAUCAACCAAACAUGACACUAAUGCAUCCUCCACCGAUCCAACCUCCCAUGCAAUCCGGCAUGGGGGUGGGCCAUCCGAGGCGCGGCAACCGCGCCAAGGGCCACAACCUCGACGGCGGCAUCCCCAAGAGGAUGUCCUUGAACGAGGAGGCGAAGCUGCUCUAUUCGCAGGAGAUGAGCAGCGUGCCGUCGAAGACGCCGGUCAGCGUGCUGCAGGAGUUGCUCAGCCGCCGCGGCAUCACGCCCAAGUACGAGCUGGUCCAAAUCGAGGGGGCCAUCCACGAGCCGAUCUUCCGCUAUCGCGUGUUCCUCAACAACGAUUUGGUCGCCACCGGCACGGGUCGCUCGAAGAAGGACGCCAAGCACACGGCCGCCAAGAACCUGUUGGAUUUGAUGAUCGGCAAAAUCAGCAGCGAGCAGGCCAAUCAGGCCAACGGCACGCCCGGCGCGGCUGAUAUAACUAAUCAGGUGGUGUCGCCGUACGACGAUAAAGUGAUGGGGAAUCCCAUCGGUUGGUUGCAGGAGAUGUGCAUGUCGAGGCGCUGGCCGCCUCCGUCCUACGAAAUGGAGCACGAGGAAGGGUUGCCUCACGAAAGGCAAUUCACCAUCGCUUGUCAGGUGUUGAAGUUCCGCGAAAUCGGCACGGGGAAGUCGAAGAAAUUGGCCAAACGAAUGGCGGCGCAUAAGAUGUGGCAAUCUUUGCAGGAUUUACCGUUGGAAGGUAACAGCAUACCAUCGGCGUUUGGGAGCGACGAAGACUUGGCCAGUAAACUCGGCAACAUUCAAAGCCGUUACAGCGGACUGAAAGACACUAAAAUUACGAAAUUGGGCAAUCAGCAAUCACAUAAAGUAUCGCAGUUCCAUAAAGGUUUAAAAAAUUCCUCUGGCAAAAAGUUGGCAGAGCUGCAGAGCGUGGUAAUGAACGCGAAGGACUUCAACUUCGUUCAAUUCCUGCACGAGAUCGCCACGGAGCAGGGAUUCGAAGUGACGUACGUGGACAUCGAGGAGAAAUCGCUGAGCGGCCGCCAUCAGUGUUUGGUGCAAUUGUCCACGUUGCCGGUGGCCGUUUGUUGCGGAGUGGGCAAGAGCCCCAAGGAGGCGAAGGCGUCGGCCGCCCAUCACGCCCUCGAGUACCUGAAGAUCAUGACCAAGAAAUGAACGCGGACCGGUGAAGCUGCUGUGGAAGAGGCCUCGAAUUUUUGCACGUAACAUUCACGCGGACCGUCGAUCGUACGAAUCAUUUUUGUUUGUUUGAAUUUAUCCAUAUAAAGAAAAAAUUGCAAUUCGAGGUCGGUUGUUUCUGUCGCGGUCGAAAGGGCGUUGGCGGCGCGUUGUAUAAGCUUUCUUCUCUUGGUAAUAAUUUUUACACGACUCGUUUCUAACUUAACGAGGGUUUAGUUUGUUAUAUUUUUGUUUUUCGUUUGAUUUGUUAUUCGUAACAAGUUUAAGGUAUUCGCUUUUGGUCGCUUUUCACGUGAACAAACAUUGCAAUAAUAACCUAAAGAAAUGGCAAUAAUACAUAUUGAAUUAGCUUCUGUAAUCGAUACAUAUUUAUUUGUAAUUAAGGCGAAAUAGUUUCUAAUUGAGUAAAUUUUUUCCAUUGAGUUUCUGUACGUGAAGGGUGACCAAGAGCCUGCAAAGAGAAGGAUAGCGCAUAAUUUUACAAGCUAUACUUUGCAUAGAAUUAGUGGUUUUUUUCGAAAAGUAUUUAUUUUGUUUGUAAAAUUUAUAAGCUCUUGGUAUGCGUAUUGGAUGUGCGUGCGGAUUUACAUUGCACAGUUUAAAUCUACUAAUAUUCUAUGAUGUGUACGGGCUAACGCGAGAGAAACGUUAGUAAUAUUAGUAAAUUACCAGAUAUUAACUGGAAUUCGAGCUUUAUUUUUUUAAUUAAUUACACUUCUGGCGUAAACAAAAUGUAACUUUGGUUACGUUUGUAGAUGUUAGGAUGGCAUUUUUAAUGGCGCUCCAAUCAGUUUGGGGCCCGUUCGUUAAUAUCUGGGCUUAUUAAAUAUUUAAACGGUGGUUAUUAUCGUAUCAAGUAGAUAGUUUAUAGAGUUAAUACAUUAUUAUUAGGCACUAGUUCUUUAUUAUAAUCAUGAAAUAUAAGGUAAUGUAUAUUGAAUGUAUUUUAUAAUAGUGCCCCGAUAAUAUGAUAUGUAUUUAUUGUAUUGUGAAAAGGGAGCAUUUAUUUAAUGCAAAGUAUAGAGGUUGUACCCAAACUUUUUUUUUAACGGUAAUACACCCAGAUAAAAAUAACAAAUAAACGUACCUAAUCAAUUCCAUCGAUAUACUCUUACGUUAUUGAAAAUAUUUGUACAUUUCUUUGAUGGGUUGUUAUCACGUAAUUAACAUAUAUGUCAAUAGAAAUUUUUUAGACACAAACCGUCAAUAUAGCAUGCUAUUGUCGUCAGAUUGUCUAAAGAUCCCCAGCAGAAUAGUUUCGUUUUAUUUAGUACAUAGUUUGUGAUUUAUAU